UUUCGUUUUGUACCAAUUGGAGCUCAUAAAGUCGCUCCAUCGAACAGUUAUAAAUGUUGGCCGCUAGAAUGCGUUUCGUGCAAUAUUUGCGUAAAGGUGACCUCGCCAAACGUCUUGGCCUCUUGGCCGACGAUCAAAAAAGUCUUGUUGAGCUUUCGGGCGUCGAGGGCGUGCCUUGUGACUUGAAAACUUUGAUUGCACAAAGUCCGAAUCUCGAGGAGCUGUCGAAAAAGGCUGAAAAGCAACCGAAGCUAGCGAUCAACGAUGACGUCACAUUGCUGCCUCCCUUAACCGAUCCUGGUAAAAUCAUCUGCAUUGGCCUAAACUAUCAGGAUCAUUGCGAUGAGCAAAACAAACCGGCACCCAAGGAACCAAUGUUCUUCAGCAAGUACAACAACACGCUGGUGGGCCCCAAAGAUAAUGUCAUCGCGCAUAAAGCAUCUGACAAAAUCGACUGGGAAGUGGAGCUGGUAGUUGUCAUUGGAAAGGUCGCUCGUCAAGUGGCGAAGGAGAAGGCCUUCGACUAUGUCUUUGGCUACAGCGUUGCCCAAGAUAUUUCCGCACGCGACUGGCAAAAGGAACGCAACGGCGGCCAGUUUCUGCUAGGCAAAUCCAUGGACACCUUCUGUCCCUUGGGCCCAGCUGUGGUGCACAAGAGUCUGGUGAAGGAUGUAUACAAUUUGCCUCUGAAAACAUGGAUCAAUGGCGUGGAGAAGCAAAAUGGCAACACGGGCAACAUGAUCUACAAGAUUGACGAUGUCAUCAGCCGCCUCACUGAAUCCAUUACUUUGUUGCCGGGUGACAUCAUCUUGACAGGCACACCAAAGGGUGUGGGCAUGCAUCGCAGUCCACCAGAGUAUCUAAAGCCCGGAGAUGUUAUCAAGACUGAGAUCGAAGGUCUGGGCACGUUAACCAACAACGUGGUUGCCCCUUAAAGAAAUAUUUGUUGUUGAUUAUUAAUUGUAAUUAAACGAAUUGUUUUGCAUUUUAUCCAAA